CCCGCGCCCCCGCCUGUCUCGGGGAGGCGGUGGGGGAUUUUUCGCCCCUGCCUGCCAUCCGGUGAAACCCGCCCGCCCUGUGCCGUUCCUCCCCGUUCUUUUGUGUCGUUGCCUUCGCAUUCGUGCCUUUUCAGCAAACCCGGCGAACGCGUUCCGGCGCCUCGGCUUCCUCAAGCUUUCCUCAAAAGUGCCAGGAAUUCCUUUACCGAUUCGGUGCUUUCGAUUCGACGUUAAAAGAGUUGGAAGAAUCCAUGGAUUUCAAGCUUUGAAUGACGAGCAUCUUACAAGAUUACCUAAACUGAAAGCUAAACUGAAAAGGCAAAUGCAGCUCUGAGUACCAGAUUGAGUGAGCUGGUGUGUGCACUGCAUGUACAUGAAAACGCACAUGUUUCUGUCAUCACAUAAACUUAUUCUUGCAUAUUCCUGAGAGCUUUGCAGUUGAUGAAAAUUAAUUUGAGAACCAGAUGGAGCACCUUUACAGCACAGGAAUCAGUAACCCAUGGAAAGACACCUGCCAGUAAUGUUCAGCUUUCCACAUGGUCUUCACGGGUGAAAACAGUUUGCAAGAAGAGGAAGAAAAAACACCCUCUGCACAGAAAAAGCCUAAGAAAUACCUCCACAACCUAAAUCAAUAGCUGUGAGGGAAACAGAAGAAUACAGAGAGUAGAGGAAACCAAUUUUGUUAUCGCAGAGGAAUAAUGUAUAAUUUUUGGCACGUUUUGCUUUGGGCUCAAUAGAUUGUGAAUGGACUAAUAAAUCGUGACCAUAUGUUGAGUGAUGAUGACUGGAAGUAAAUAAGUUGAGGAACUAUGGGACAAGUCUGGGCAUUGAACUGAGCAAACCUCGUCGUCCUUCUUGAGUUAACCAGGUCAUCAAACUUGCAUAUUCUUUCUCCUUCUCCUUUUUCCUCUUUUCACUUAGUGUGGUAUAAAUACUAAUUAAUUGAGCUCAUAAAUGUUAUUCAAAUAAAACAAUUGGAAUACUUCAUAUGUUUCCUUCUUGUACAGCUGCAAAUGUUGUGUCUGGAACUAUGAAUCUGUGCUGUAGACAAGCAUCAAGAAGGAAAGAUCCGAUCAAACAAGCAAGGAAAAUACCUAGUGAAAUAGCGAACCCAGGAAGUCAGAUUUUUAAUGCUGCUCCUCUUUCUUUUUUAGAUGAUUCUAUUUCUUCCUUCCUUGAAUUUUAGAAGAUUUUGAAAGAGUGCUUACUUGAUGUGCUUUAAUUCUGGCAUUUGUUUUUUACAGUAGGAUGAAAAGUCUGUGAUUCCUUGUAGCAGAAAAAAAGGGAAAAGUCUAAGAAAAACAGCUUGACAUUUUAGCCUGUUUCGGAGGAGAGAGAACUUCAUGGUUCACCUGAGGCAAACUUACCUGCUUUGAAAGCCAAAAGCUUUAGAGCAUUUUUGAUUCUGCUAUAAAUGAAGAGGGGGUUUCUUUUUCAUUCGUGUGUGGCAGCGAAAAGUGGGAAAGCAGGCAAGAUAGCGUGAUAAACAGUUCAGGCUGUGUUGGGUCUCUGGUGGAAAAAAAAGUGCUGCAAUGAAAAUCGGAUUGGCUUUGGAUUGCAAAAACUUUUGAGUCCAACGAGCGGUUCAGUACCAAGAGGGAUUUUCCCAACUGGCCUGGCACACCAGUGCCUGCACAAGUUCGGGUCUGUUUCGCACGGUUUGUGUGCCUUUUUUUCCCUUUAUGCAAUCUCUUUCAGCUUUAGCAGCAGAAAUACAUCAGAUGGAAAAGAUAUGCCAGAGGGCAGCUUGGAAAAGAUGAAUGUCAUAUAUAUACAUAUAUAUGUCUGUGCGUGUGUUUAAAUUUCUGCAACUGAACUUUUGAAGAAAAUCUGACUGGAGGAAAUCUUAAAAGCCUUAAGUUACUUGAAACCUACACAUUUGCAACUCUUUGUCUCUGGAAUUGCAUUACGCUAAACUGGAAUCUCAGGCUGUAUAAAGAUUAUAUCAAGUUGAGCAAAAAGAUGACUUAACCAUUUCUUGAGCGCCUCUUAUGAAGUAGCUGUUUCUCCAAAGGAUAAGUGCACCCUCACUCUACAGACUCAGAAACAAAAAUGAACCUGAAUUUUUUUUUAAGUGUUACUUUUUCUUAGCCAACUGCCAUCAUCUUUUAUAGAGGAAUUUUUCACUAUGCAUUUGGUGGAUAUUUAUAAACACUGACCCCAUCCUCCUCCCUUUCAAUGAUCUAUCCCAGGUCAGUCUUAUCAAUAAAAAAAAAAAAAAAUUGAUUUAAAUUUUGUGCACUAGACAUAUUACUUUCUUAUGUCAAAAAAUAAAAUCUUUAAAAAGCAUGUAUGCAGCCGUGGAACAUGGGCCUGUUCUUUGCAGCGAUUCCAACAUCCUCUGCCUCUCCUGGAAAGGGAGAGUCCCCAAAAGUGAGAAGGAGAAACCGGUGUGCAGGAGGCGGUACUAUGAGGAAGGCUGGUUGGCAACAGGCAAUGGCAGAGGAGUUGUAGGCGUCACUUUUACUUCCAGCCAUUGCAGGAGGGACCGCAACACCCCUCAGAGAAUCAACUUCAAUUUGAGGGGCCACAACAGCGAGGUUGUGCUGGUGAGAUGGAACGAACCAUUCCAGAAAUUAGCAACCUGCGAUGCAGAUGGAGGAAUAUUUGUUUGGAUACAAUACGAAGGCAGAUGGUCCGUGGAGCUUGUGAAUGAUCGGGGGGCACAGGUAAGCGACUUUACAUGGAGCCAUGAUGGGACUCAAGCGCUUAUCUCCUAUAGAGAUGGAUUUGUGCUGGUCGGUUCAGUCAGUGGACAAAGACACUGGUCUUCAGAAAUCAACUUGGAGAGUCAGAUCACCUGUGGCAUAUGGACUCCAGAUGACCAACAGGUACUGUUUGGCACUGCUGAUGGACAGGUUAUCGUCAUGGACUGCCACGGCCGAAUGCUGGCCCACGUACUCCUUCACGAGUCAGACGGCAUCCUCAGCAUGUCCUGGAACUACCCCAGCUUCCUGGUGGAGGACAGCAGCGAGAGCGACACAGACUCCGACGACUAUUCCCCACCACAAGAUGGACCAGCUGCGUAUCCAGUCCCGGUGCAGAACACCAAGCCACUACUUACUGUCAGCUUCACGUCGGGAGACAUCAGUUUAAUGAACAACUAUGAUGACUUGUCUCCUACUAUCAUCCGCUCAGGGUUGAAAGACGUGGUGGUACAGUGGUGCACACAAGGAGACCUACUUGCUGUAGCAGGCAUGGAGAAGCAAGGCCAGCUGGUUGACCUCAGCAAUGGUUCCCUGUUGAAGAGCGCGCUUGUCAAGUUCUACAACGUGCGCGGGGAACACAUCUACACUCUGGAGACACCUGUACAGCGUCCCAUCAUCUCCAUCUGUUGGGGUCACAGGGAUUCCCGCCUGCUGAUGGCUUCUGGACCUGCCUUGUACGUUGUCAGAGUGGAGCACAGGGUCUCCAGCCUGCAGCUGCUGUGCCAGCAGACCAUCGCUAGCUGUCUGCGGGAUGACAAGGACAUCAGCAAACUGACCCUGCCUCCUCGGCUCUGCUCGUACCUCACCACUGCCUUUAUACCAACAAUCAAGCCUCCUAUCCCAGACCCAAACAAUAUGAGAGAUUUUGUCAGCUACCCAACAGCUGGUAAUGAACGUCUUCACUGCACGAUGAAGAGGACAGAAGAUGACCCAGAGGUUGGUGGUCCAUGUUACACCCUGUACCUGGAAUACCUUGGAGGACUGGUGCCUAUCCUGAAGGGACGUCGUAUCAGCAAGUUGCGGCCAGAGUUUGUUAUCAUGGAUCCUAAAACAGAUGGAAAAGCAGAUGAAAUCUAUGGAAACAGCUUGAUUUCCACUGUGAUUGACAGCUGCAACUGCUCUGACUCCAGCGAUAUCGAACUGAGUGAUGACUGGGCAGCAAAGAAAUCUCCCAAAAUCAGUCGAGCUAGCAAAUCACCCAAGCUCCCCAGAAUCAAUAUAGAAGCUCGCAAAUCUCCAAAGAUGUCCCGAGCUGCGCAGGAGAUAUCAAGAUCACCGAGGUUACCAAUAAGGAAACCUUCUAUUGGUUCACCAAGCCUGACCCGAAGAGAGUUUCCUUUAGAAGACAUUACUCAGCACAACUACCUUGCUCAGGUCACAUCUAAUAUCUGGGGAACCAAAUUUAAAAUCGUGGGUUUGGCUGCUUUCCUACCAACUAACCUUGGUGCAGUAAUAUAUAAAACCAGUUUGCUGCACCUGCAGCCCAGGCAGAUGACAAUAUAUCUCCCAGAAGUGCGGAAGAUUUCAAUGGACUACAUUAACUUGCCUGUCUUUAAUCCAAAUGUUUUCAGCGAAGACGAAGAUGAUUUACCAGUGCCCGGCGCCCCCGGAGCCCCCGCCAGCAGCCCGCCGUGCACCGUCAACAUCCCCAUCGCCCCCAUCCACAGCUCGGCCCAGGCCAUGUCGCCCACCCAGAGCAUCGGCCUGGUCCAGUCGCUGUUGGCCAACCAGAACGUGCAGCUGGACGUGCUGGCCAAUCCGCCGGCGGAAGCGGGGGGUGAGGGGGCGGGACCCUUCCCAGGGGCUCCAGGCCGGUUCCCCGGCCCCAGUGCUGGGCCGCUGGUGGCGGGGGCACUGACCGGGGGGGACAUGGGCCGUGCCGCCCCCGUGCCACCCCCUGCCCUCGCCCCGCCACCGCCGCCCCCCGCACCCCCCGCCAUCGCCUUGGCCGACCUGCGGGACCACAGCGACCGCGAGCACGAGCCACCCUGCUUGAAAAAGGGGGAGUUCUCCCUCUACCCAGCGGGGCACUACCAGACGCCCCUGGGUUACGAGCGGAUAACGACGUUCGACAGCAGCGGGAACGUGGAAGAGGUGUGCCGGCCUCGCACCAGGAUGCUCUGCGCCCAGAGCACCUACACCCUGCCGGGGCCCGGCAGCUCCGCCACCUUGCGCAUCACCGCUGCCGAGAAGAAGAUGCAGCAGCCCUGCACCAGCGCCACCCUGAACCGGCUCACCGUCCCCCGUUACUCCAUCCCCACCGGGGACCCGCCGCCCUACCCCGACAUCGCCAGCCAGCUGUCCCAAGGCAGGAGCAUCGCGCAGAGGCUGGACAGCAGUAUCAUUCACGCCACUCUGCGGAGGAACAGCAGGGAGGCAGCCCUGAAAAUGGCUCAGCUGGUGGACGGUCAGAGAGCCACCUUGCAACUUCCCCCCAAAGCCAAGAGCAGCGUCGUGACGGCGCAGUACCAGCAGAGAGUACCCACCGCCUUGUACACCUGCAGCCAGUGCAGCAGCGGCGGCGGCGGCAGCAACGCGAGUGCUGGGGGUGUGAGCAACAUCACUAGUGCCAACGCCAGUAGCAGCGCUUCCAGUAUCGGGGGCAUGAGACCCGAUCUGAGCGCGGGGAGCGGCGCCCAGCACAGCUCCGUCAUCGCUCACUCUGUCAGCACUUCGCCUCUGGCCUCCCAGUCCUCCUACAGCCUGCUGAGCCCCCCUGACAACUCCCGUGACCGAGCGGAUUAUAUCAACUCCGCCUUCACGGAGGAUGAGGCCCUUUCUCAGCACUGCCCGGUGGAGAAAUCGAUACGGCACGUACCCGUGGCCUUGACGGAGGCUGCCCUCGGUGUAAAACGGCCACCGCCGUACCAGUGGGACCCUAUGGUGAGUGAAGAGAUAUGGGUUCCUCAGGAAAGGACAUCUCAGAGCUCAGUGCCCAACCCUCUAAAACCUACUCCUCUCAUCAUCGGUCAAGCUCAACAUCUGGAUAUGUCUCGAAUGCCGUUUGUUUCCCCCAAGUCUCCAACCAGUCCCACUGCCACUUUCCAGACGAGUUACGGGGUUGGAGUACCUUACCCAGGAAGCUACAGUGCCCCUCCCCUUCAGGGAAUGCAGCCCCCUUGCUCCCCCAAAGAAGCUCUGGCCCCGACACAGUUUGCACAGCAGGAGCCCACAGUUGUGCUUCAGCCAGGUUAUCCAUCCAACCUCUCCUAUUGCCCCUUGCCACCCAUGUACCCGGGAAGUAGCGCCUGCUCUAGUUUACAGCUGCCACCGAUCGCCUUGCACCCGUGGAGCUCCUACAGCACUUGCCCACCUGUACAGAACCCCCAGGGCACGUUGCCUCCCAAGCCGCUCCUCGUGGUGGAGAAGCCGGUGAUGUCUCCCCCGCCGGCAGAGCUGCAGGGCCACGUGGGCACAGAGGUGAUGGUGGAGACGGCAGACACUUUCCAGGAGGUGCUCUCCUUGACGGAAAGCCCCGUUCCUCAAAGGACGGACAAAUUUGGCAAGAAGAGCCGUAAGCGCCUGGACAGUCGAGCCGAGGAAGGAAACGUGCAGGCUAUCACUGAGGGCAAGGUGAAAAAGGAGGCAAGGACGCUGACUGACUUCAAUUCACUGAUAUCCAGUCCUCGGCUGGGGAGGGAGAAGAAGAAAGUCAAGAGCCAGAAAGACCAGCUGAAGUCCAAGAAGCUAAACAAGACAAACGAGUUUCAGGACAGUUCGGAGAGCGAGCCAGAGCUUUUUAUCAGUGGGGAUGAACUGAUGAACCAGAGCCAGGGCAGCAAAAAGGGUUGGAAAACCAAAAGGAGUUUGAGGACAGCCAGUGAGCUGGAUGAAUUCAAGUGCCGGAAGGCCAGCGAGAAGGAGGACGGGAGGCUGGGGAGCCAGGGCUUUGUGUACGUGAUGGCCAACAAGCAGCCACUGUGGAACGAGGCGACACAAGUCUACCAGCUGGACUUCGGAGGGCGGGUGACCCAGGAGUCGGCAAAAAACUUCCAGAUUGAGCUGGAAGGACGCCAGGUGAUGCAGUUUGGAAGGAUUGAUGGCAAUGCUUACAUUUUGGACUUUCAGUACCCAUUUUCUGCAGUGCAAGCCUUUGCUGUUGCUCUGGCUAAUGUGACUCAACGCCUCAAAUGAACAAGCAGAGACUGGAGAGAGGAAAAUGUUAACCUUCUCAUAAAGUCCAAACCGGAAAAUGUCAGGGCAGCCUGCUUUGGGUGUGCAGAGGUGCCUGGGAGCGAAGAAGAAGAAGGCAGUAAAACUGGAAUAGUCUCGUGGUGCCCAACAGAAGGGCAUUAACUCUAAUCAGUCAUGGGGUGGAGGGUGGGGGGCUGUUUUCUGUUUUGUUUGUUUGUUCGUUCGUUUGUUUGUUUUCAGGUGUUUCUUUUUUUCUUUUUUUUUUUUCUUCUUAAGCGUUGUGCUGGGUCUCAGAAAGAGCAAAGGGUUGAGAGCCGUUCGGUGUUACGUGGGGAAGUGUGGCUUUUGGCUUGUUGUGGUGGUUCUGCCGUGUUUGCUACAGUAGCUGGUGUAAACUCACAGGGGGAUUAAAAAAGACUGCUCUUUUUGAUAGACUGCCUUAUAUCAUGCUGUUCUUUUUAAAACAGGGAACAUAACUUUUUUUCUGGUCCAGUUUGUACUACUACUACUUACUACUACAACAACAUCAAUGAUAGCAGCAAAAAAAAAAAAAAAAGGAAAAAAAAAAAAGAAGCUGUAAUACUUCUAGACAUGUGUUUCUUCUCUGAUCUCUGAUAAAAACUGAGCACCACAAGUUCCAAGGAGGCUUAUGUAGGUCAAUGUUUAAUUUAUAAAUAAUGAUGUAUUAUUCAAAAGAGAAACAAAAUUGUUACCAAUGUGUGGUUUUGAAACCCACCGUGUCGAAGAAGUUGAUGUCUGCUUGUUUUGUGUGCCGUUAUUGGGGAUAAACAUCUUUCAGUAGGGACAGAAGAUAGAGGAGGAAAUAAUUGCAAGCGUUGCUUCUUUUGUUAUUGGGGAUAAACCUCUUUCAGUCGGUGAACAGAAAGUAGGGGAGGAAGUAAUUAUGAGCGUUGCUUCUUUGCUCGUAUUGACCAGCAGUAUUCUCUGAUUUGGCCCGUGGUUGGGAGAGGUACAGUGUGACCAGAUGUACCUCUGAGGCCAUGCCUGUACAUGCUCCUCAUUUCAGUGUGUUUACACUUUAUAAACAAAGUCUUUCAAGCGAACGAGAAGGCCCAGAGUGUUCAGUCUUGGCAAUCAGUAUGAAUCAAGUUCUACAACAGUAUAUCAGUGCUCGAAUUAGGAAGGAGACAGAAGAUUGCAAGUCGUUACAGGAAGCAGUUUCAUCAGGAAAGCAAUUUCAUGACAGGAAACAUCAUGGCUGGCUGGAGAACAAAUGAGUUGAAAGAGGAAGGAAAAAUUGGACAGAAUCAUCCCUUUUAUCACCUUGCUACUUGAGUAGUCUUUUUGACAGUGGUUUGAGAAUAUAACACUCCAGCUGAGAGUGAGAAGCCAAAGUUUACAUGGAGUGUUACAGAGGAAGGCUUAAAAACCAUAGCAUGACUCUGCAGUUCUUUCUGGUGGACAUGCAGACCUGUUGAGCAUUUCAGAAGAGUUGCUUACACAGAAUUUCUGUGUUGUCCAUGCGUUGUGCACAUAUUUAUUUGCUUUCUCUCCACCUCGCCUGCAUUAGAUGGAAUAUGUUUUGAUAUGGAAGUAGUUUCCCCAGUAAUACACAAACGCCAAAAGUGCUCACGUCAUAGUAACUCUCUUGAAGUGAAAGGCACACUGAGAAAGUCAUGUUGGUUGAGGUGUUGAUGGCUACUUCGUCUUUGUCUUUCAUCCACAGUUUAACUUCUUACUUGAAAAACUCAGUAUAACUUAAGGUGAAUAGGUGUGAUUUUUCUCUCGUUGCUUUUCUUAAGUCCUAAUGACAGGGCAGAUGUGUGUUGCAUUUGAUUCAUUCUAGAGGAACAUUAUUGCACAGGAUAAGAACCUGCAGUAAUACAAUUUACCAACGUGUCAGUCAGCUUAUAACUUCUGCUCUGCUGAAGCUACUAGAGCUGUACAGCACAGAGGGAGGGAGUAAUGCUAGUCAGAGAGGAGAUGACAAGGCAGGUCAUCCACAAGUAACAUCCCGCAGGGUAAGUCCAGGAAAAACCAACUGCAAGAUGUUUUCCUUGGAGGGAGGAAGCAGAGGCAGGAAGGAAGGAGGGGGAAGUAGAUGGUACCGCGCCGGUAUUACCCCAAAGCUCAGCAGGUUCUCCUUGCGUGUUGGAGUGGUCAGGCACAACAUUCCCCUUGGCAUCUAGCAGAUUGUUGUUUGCUUUGAUUAAUUUUGUUGAGUUUCCAUCAGUUGUCUGGGCCCAUUUCUGUUCUUUCUCACGUGCGUGAUUUAUUCAGCAGUUUGAGUGCCCGUACGUAUAAUGUGUGUGGAACAGAGGAACCAAAGUGGAUUUGGUUCCAGUCCCUUCAAAAUCAAUGAAAGUGUUUCUCUUGGACUUUUGUGGAGGAGACACUGUUGAGCCCUUUGUCUAUAUUGAGUUAUAACCUGUAAAAGCAGUCAGGUGAAUUUUCUAAUUAGAGUACAACACCAUACAAUGAACACCACAAGAGAAGAAACAGACCAUGGCUUGCUUGUUGAGGGAAUGGCCACUCAGUCACGUUAGAAAUCUUUGUCUGGAAGGAACAUCACCUGUAGUUUUAAGCCAAAAUUUUUAUUACAUGGAAACAGCACGUUGUGGGGUUUUUUCUGAACAAAAUCUAACCUGAAUAGAAGGACUUCUUGGUGCAGUUUCUUUAAUCUUCACUCGUUACCAAUUUUUUCCAAUUAUCAGUAGUUUUAUGCUGAUGGAGAACCAAGAAAUGAAACCAAAUAGAACAAGUAGCAGAAUCAGGAACUUGGUUUCUUUGGCCCAAAUCGUGACUGUGUCCUUCUGAUGGCACUUACAGAGAGUAUUGGCAUAGAAGGGACCUGGUUUCUGCCCCAGCAAAGCACAAGGAAUAAUUAUCUUAAAUUAGAAAAAUAAAUGCAAUUUCCAGCAUCCUUCCCAUUUACUUGUUAGAAAAUCCUAUAGACUAAGGUAAUCUUUUAUCUUUUAAAAAAUAAUUUAAGAGUCCCUUUAAUUGAGGAUUUUAAUGGUAUAGAGAAUACCCAGUAUUAGAGAGAUAAAAUAGUCUCAAAUAUAUAGAAUUUUAAUGAAAGGAAUGGGAAUUAUGUGAAUAUCUGAGUGUGCAACUGGAUCCCAAGUUAUACAAAGAACAAGGUCAAAGUGACCGUUGUUUCAUUUUUCAUUGAGAUACAAUAUAGGAAACAUUUAAAAGCCCCCUCCUGAAUUAAUCACUUAAAUCCUGAAGAUCACUAUUGCAUUCAGCCAAAAGAUAGAUGUUACAUUUUAUAUUUCGUUAGUAAAGCCCAGUUUUUCUGUAGAUAACUAAGUUCUUCUAGGAAGAAUGUAGCAAAAUAUUCAGAAAUACCUAGUUCUUUUAUACAUGCAGUAAUUUCCAGUAAAGUAUGUUUUUUCCAAAGCUUUUUUUUAGUUGUGCAAUAAUUGUGACAGUCUAGAGGUUUUAUGGGUUUUUUGUUGGGUUUGUUUUUUGGGGUUUGGUUGGGGGUUUUUUGAGGGAAUUUUGAGUGGUUUUUUUUAAAGAUAAUUUAAUGCAGAUUUCCUGUUAAUGUCCAAAAGACAAAUUAUUUAUCUUGCAUUAUGUAAUAUGUGAUUUAGGGAUUAUUUUAUUACUAUAUAUCAGUGAGUUAUACACACUUUCUUAUUUAUAUUUAAAGAGCAUCUUUGUAAGUAAUUGUUUGUUAGCAGUAUGUUUUACUGCAAGAAGUUAAAAACGCAUCUAGGAAAACCUGGUUUUGCCGGAUAGUGUGCAAAAUUUCAUAAUGCAGGCAGGCAAAAAUAUUUUUUUGGUGGCUGAAGGCAGUGAGUUUGCUAUGGAGGAGUGUGUAGAGGACCUCUUUGGGACCUGCAGAAAUCUGUCCUUCUCCACUGUUUUCCUCCAGUGUUUCUAACUAUGUAUUUCAGUUGGGAGUGGUUUUGAAAAUACAAGGCUUGAUUUGCUUUCCAUCUUCUUAGUACAGUGCUUUUUCUUGAGAUAGAAAAUAAGGUGGGUUAUGUGAUAAAAGAGGCUGGUGGGGCACUGGAAGAGGUUGCCCAGAGAAGCUGUGGCUGCCCCAUCCCUGGAGGGGUUCAAGGCCAGGCUGGAUGGAGCUUUGAGCAACCUGGUCUGGUGGGAGGUGUCCCUGCCCAGGGCAGGGAGGAUGGAACUGGAUGAUCCUUAAGGUCCCUUCCAACCCAAACCAAUUUGUGAUUCUAUGGUUCUAGGUCUACUCCAAGAGCAGUGUGCACCUGCUGCGGGGUUUGGGCUGCAGCAGCUUUGGGCAGAGAAAGCCAUGCCAGUGGCCAUGGUGGCCAUUCAAAGUCAGAGUUUGCUCCACUGGAGUUGCAAAGGGAAGCAACAGAGAACCUGAUUCUCUUGAAAAAACAUGGCUGAUAUCCUUGAAAUAUAGCUUCUAACAGAGUCUAAAAAUUGAUGCUUUAAGUCUGGUAUGAAGAGCACCAUGCGUGGAGUGGCAAAUUUUAGCUUGAAACUAGUGAGAAUAUCGUGUUUCUGCAACACCCUAAGAAACUAUGAAAAGGAGGCGGGUGAAAGAGGAAGGAAGGGAAUUAUCACAUUAAUAAUUUUGCACUGGGUUCCAGAGGUAGCAGUAACAUCUGCCAUGGGCUGCCCAAAUAUUGGUUGUAUGACGGUAAAUCUGUACACAGGUUCAUCUCAGAUAAAUUUUCUGUGAUGCAACCACAAGUAAGACAGACAGUUCCACAUUUCUCUCUCCGGUUUUGUCCCAUUGUUUUUACGAAGAUGCAUGAAGGUGUACAGGUGUCAGACAAAAAUGUCUGACUUUGCUGAAGCCUUCAGCCUAGACUUUCCAUAGGUCCGGGCUUUCCUUGAUGUGUCUUUUUAGUGUCCUCUCAGAAACUCCAAACAGAUUUUGGAGCUUGCCUGAUUGUUGCCUCAGACAAUUUCUGUGCAUUUGCUUUUUGCAGCCUGAUGUGUGUGAUCCUAUGUUAUCUUGGUGCCCUGUUAUCUGUCAGAAACAAUUUAAAUCCUCAUAUGAAUAGAGCAACACGUGCAAAAACUGAUUUGAUUGAGAGAAGGGGGAGAGGAGACAGAGUAAGUUUUCACUCGCUUUUAAGAAUGUAUGUUUCCCAGAGCAACAGUUUAGAAAUUGCACUUUUCUGCAGUGCCCAGACCACUCCAGACCAGUAAAUCUGACAUGGAGGUUAGUAACAUAUGAGUCACGUGUGUGACAUCCUGACAGAGGGCCAGCUUCCAGCCUCACUACGCCAAGAUACAUAAGAGAGUAGGAUCCAACCCAAAAUGUACUUUCCCAUUACUGUGUGAUUAUAAAGUAAGAAUGACUUACAUGACCCAUAUAUCCACUUAAGAAAAUUAUAAAGCAUUAGCCAACAACUAAACUGACAGUUCCAUGUAACUCCCCUGAAGAAUGCGAGAGGUAAAAUCCUGGCCAUAGAGCAGUCAUUCAGAUUUUUGCCUUUUUCUUCCCAUUUCUAGGAUUCCAUCACAGCUGUUUAUGUUAUUUAGAGAUCGGCAGAAUGGUUUCCCCAGGGUAAGAGAGCAAAUGCUGUCAUACUGCUGACACAAAAAAUGGAAAAAUUCUGGUAGAUGAAUUUUUUCAUUUUCAAGUCCCUUCACCUUCAAGGCAAGCACAAUCCUCCAUCAGCAAAUACUGAUCUAGAGUCCUGCCACCCCCAGGAGUAGUCAGCAGGUAGACACCACAAGUCCUUUUUUGCAGGAUUGGAAUUUACACCCACCAUUCUCAAAGGAGUAAGAUUAAUUACUACUUGUGAGCAAUGGGCUAUGCAAAUUAUUUUGUCUUUGUAUUUAUUUAAUUUUCUUCUU